AUGAAACAAGUUUCAUUUGUGUUAUUGUUAUGUUUAUUUUUUUAUCAGUUAGAUAAAUUACAUGCAGAAGUAAUUUAUGCUGUGAAUUGUGGGGGCCCAAGGCACUUCUCAGAGUCCGAGAAUAUUUUGUACGAAGAAGACAAUGGAUAUAAUGGAGGCAUCAGCACAGAUGCAGGGAAACAGCUAUCUCCAUUUCCGUAUGUGGAAGAUGACUUUGUAUAUCAAUCUGAAAGAUAUAGUACUGAGAAAACCCUACAAUACAUGAUUAAAUUGGACAAAUUAACUCCUGGUAAAUUUACUAUAGUAUUAAAGUUCAGUGAAGUCCACUUUAAAGAAGCAGGAAUGAAAGUCUUUAGUAUAGCUGUUGGGAAUGUACUAUUCAAACAACAUUUUGAUAUAUAUAAGGAAGUAGGAUUUGGCGUACCUAUGGAGGAGUACAUUGAGUGUAUGUUUGAUGGUGAAAAUAUUUCUGUGCAUGGAAUGAACGUUACUCAGGGAUACUCAAAAGAGGAGAAACUACUGAUUUUGGCAAUGUUUAAACAGGAAGAUAAUCCUAAAAUUAAUGCAAUCGUCGUAUACAAAGGAGGUCAAAAUGAAAUUCCAAAAAUUCAAAGGCCAAAGGCCAAAAUUUCAAUAGAAAGCAUUCUUCAAAAGAUUAAUAAAGAUGGUCAAACCCCAGAUGCUUCAAAUAAUCACAUAUACCUUAUAGACGAGCCUCUUUUCACUGUUAAAGAAUUAAAUAUUUCUGACUCUUUAUAUAACUUAAUAUCAACAAUUCCUGGAAUCAUUAUUUUUCUAAUUAUUUCAGUGGCAACUUUAAGAAUAGGUGUGAUACUAUCGAGCCAUCUGUACGAUUAA